AUGAAGCCCGCAUCUUUUGCCAUUAUUGUUGGUAGCCUUGUCGCCGGUCGAGCGACUGCAUCUCCAGCGGAGGAGCUACAUGGUCGCCAAGCUGGGUGCGAUCGAGACAACUGCCUUCGCGCGGUUGCGGGCCUGCGCCCUGGGGCCGAAGUUGCUCUGGCUGACUGCUCAUCAUGGAUGAUCAUCACCGAAACUCCUUGCCUGUCAACCGUGACUCAAACAGCAACCGUCACGUCAUUUACCACCACGGUGGAUCACCCUUUCCCGGGUCUUAGGAAGAUGAAGCGAGAGGAGCUUGAGGGACGCCAAGCCUCAUCUACUGCAGCCGCUGAGCCAUCCUGCGUGCCCUUGCAGAAUAGCCCGAGCAACAUGCCAGCCUACAUUCAAACGGCUUGCCAGUUAACCAUCGGCUCACUCGUCCCAACGGCGCGCUACUCGUCCGCUUGCUCGUGUGAUGGCGUCUUAGCCACAACGACCACACUACCGGCCUCCUCGACGACUGUGACAAGCACUAGUACAAUUCUAGCAGCUUAUACGCCCACAGAGGUACCGGAUGCUUUCAUUCUUCAAUCAUCCGGUGACGGGAGCCUGUACGUGACCGUUGAAGGCAAUGGUGCUAUACGCCUCAUCAACGACAUAACAGCUGCCUCACCAUUCUACCUCGACCGUGAUGGGCAGCUGCACAACUUCAAUAGCCGAAACAAAACUUUGGUAAAUUACUAUCAGCCUAAUCCCGCCGCUGCCGAUAACAAGGUGUACAAUGACGUACAGAGCGAUGAUAACUACCGUAUCACCUGUAGGGAGGUGAUUCUUGGCCCGAAUACCAUCCACGGGGACUGCGAAUCAAGCAGCUCGUCGGAGGCCAGUUCAGUUGUGCGCGGUUUUAUCUACUGCCCGGAUGAGGGCGGUUACCUUUACAUGGGUUCGAACUGGACGAGCAUGCGCUGUGUCAGCGGAUAUUUCUUUAGGGGCUUCCGGCUGCAGGCGUACACAAGCAACUAG